AUGAAUUGUAAAUUAGUUUUGACAGUUCAAGUAAUUUUUACAAAUUGGACGUCUAUAAAGUAUAAAGUGUAUUAAGGUUUUGGAAUAGUUGAAAUUGCGUUUUCUUGUAUAAACCUAAUAAAACAAUUAAAAUGACGACUAAACAUAUGUUCAAUAAAAUGUUAUUAUGCAUUGGAUUUAUAAGUUUAGCCCAUGCAGCUUUUUCUGCAGCGCACCAUCGCACCUACUUGCGCCUUACAGAAAAGGAUUGGGACAAUUUACCUUUAGAUAUUAUAAUACAAACCGUCUUCAGCUUAAUCAUUGUGAUUUAUAAUCUCAUACAAGUUGCUGGUAAUUUUAAGGAAAUACGUGCCACCGUUGAUAUGCAGGAGAAGUCAUGGGAUACACUGACAAAUUUUCCCUCCUUAUACAUGUUCAAUCAUCGUGGCAAGGCAUUAAAUCCAAAUUACAAUGCACCAUCUACGUCCGCAGCUAAUAAGAGUAUCCUGAAUGUGGACUCCUAGAUAAUAAUAUGGCUGUGAAUUAAGUUAAACUUAACUAGUUUCGUUUUCGUAAAAUUGGUUUUUAUAAAACUGAAGCCAAAUUUAACAAAACCUUUAAUAUUUUGUUUUAUGAUAUUUAAA